GCACAUAUUACAUUUUUAAAAUUCGGUUUGAUUCAUGAAAUUCGAAAUUUUAGUUCAGAAAUAGUUUUUAAGACUUUAAAUAUUUCCUACCACAAAGAUGGUACGCGUCAUAGAAGAUGUCUUUGGCAUUGCCGUUAAUCCCAUGACGCAGAAAACCGAUCAUGUGCGACGCUUCACUUUAUGUUCAGAGAAGGGCAUGUCUGUGUCAAUAUUGACUCUGGGCGCCAUCAUACAGAGUGUAAAGGUUGCAGACUUUAAUGGAAAGCUGGAAGACGUUUGUCUGGGCUAUGACGAUGUUGCCGGAUAUUAUCGCAAUCAGAAAUCCUAUUUUGGUGCAACAAUUGGACGUGUUGCUAAUCGUAUAUCCCGCGGUCAAUUUAAGCUGUGCGGAAAGGAUGUUAAUGUGAGCCGAAAUUUUAAAGAUCGCUACCAUCUGAAUGGUGGCUUUGUGGGCUUCGACAGCGUCAUAUGGGACGUGGUUGGCAUACAUAAGGAUGGUGUGACUUUGCAACAUGUUUCUCCAGAUGGCCAUGAGGGCUAUCCGGGCGAGGUGACGGUCAACAUUAAUUUCUCGCUUAAUGAAACUGGUUGUUUUGGCAUGAGAAUCGAGGCGCGUGCCAAGGCAACCACCUGCAUCAAUAUAUCUAACCAAAAUUACUUUAAUCUUGCCGGCCAUUGUACUGGCAAGGACACUCUUUACCAGCACAUGGUAAUGAUAAAAGCCAACUCUAUUGUGGAUUUGGAUCAAGAGCAAAUACCUACCGGCAAGCUUAUGCCAGUGCGUAAUACACCUUAUGACUUUUCCACCUUAACCAAUUUGGGCAAGCGCCUAAACCAAGUUUAUCGAUGCCCAAUCUGUGGCUUUGAUAACAACUAUUGCGUCGAUGUAGACCCGAAUCAAGUAAAGUUAGUGGCCCGUGCAGUGCACCCAUGUUCAGGUCGAUUUAUGGAGGUUCACACCAAUCAACCGGGAUUGCAGUUCUGUACAGCAAAUAAUUUGCCGGAUGAAGAGCGGGGCGAUGUACCCAAUAUUGGCAAGGAUGGUUCACAUUACGUUCAACAUGGCGGAUUCUCUAUGCAGACCCAAAGGUAUCCAGACGCUGUGAAUAAUUCCGAAUUUCCAACGACCAUUAUCAAUCCGGGUCAAUUGUACGAUCAUCAAGUAGUAUACAGAUUUGGCGCAUGUCCGAAGCGUGUGUAAGAUGCCAUUUCCAUUCCACUUGCAGUAAAUUAUAAUAUUGGCAAAAAAUUAUUUCAUGCAAAAAUCAGUAA